AUAAUAAUAAAUGUAUAAGAUAUAAUACUAUUACAGUAGUUCACUCGUUUAUAGGAUCGUCGACGUCGGUUAUCACGGACGGAAGUUGUCGCGAAUAGUAAAAAAAAAAUCAAACAAUCCGCUUGUACAGUUGUCAUUGUCUAUUUUCCUAGAAAUUUCCGUAGUAAACUUCUCUCGGUUUUUCGGUAUCGCCACCGUCUGACGGACACCACACGGGCGACCGAUUUGGUAACAGACGACCGCGGCGUCGUCGGUGGGCGACGCGACAUCCGUUCACGGAAGACAUUUUUAUUUCGGGAGUCCGCCGUUUCGCGUUCGACGACCGCCGUUUCAUUUUUUUUUUCCUGGAAAACUAUCGAUCAGUUUCUAAUAAAUGACGUGUUUGGAUUGACGUGAAAAUGGGACAAAAAGUUAGCAGCCUUGGCGACGUGUUCUCUUGGAAGAAUUCCGACUCGUCGAAAAACAACGAUGGGCCGACCGCGGGGGCCAGAAACAGCCCGCGCUCGUCCAUCCCGGCCGCAGCCUCCGUUCCCGUCUGUGCGGUGCACGGCGUUCCAGUCGCAGGAGAUCAGCAGCAUUUCGAGAAUAUUUACGUUUCCAACAGUGACGGAGCGUCCUCCUCGGGCGGUGAUCAGAGCGUGAACGGUUGCGAAGCGCCAGCAACGACUUCCGGCGUAGAAACGGUGACGUCCAAGAACACGCAGACGUCCUCGACGAAAAGCACAGCUGGUUCUAAAAAGCUUAACCACUGGGUGUUGCGUUUCAACUGCUCUCGUCCAAAGUCAAAGAGUACAAAGUACUAUAAUCCAAAUGACUAUAUGCCCAAAGGCUCAAACGAAGAAAAGAAUGAUGAGACUUGCGUGUGCACAGGUUAUAACCGCACGGAAGAAAAUGAAGAUGAAGAUGAUGAUGAAAAUGUUGAUAUUGAUGAUUUAACUGACAGUUUGUUUGAUCCUUCAAUGCUCAACAAUCCAGACCUGAGUGAUGAAGCGUUUCAUGACUUGCGCAACUUUGGAACUGCAUUAAAUGCUUUUAAUUCGUUUGAUACACGCAGUGAAUUGGUUUUGCCUUCGUUUGAUGAAGGAUUUAUAGAUCUGGCAGAACUGAGUAGAGAAGAAUUUAUGAAGGAAGACCUUGAAGACAGAGCUUACAAAGAGCGGGCCAAAGAAAUCCAAGAGGGUAUCGAACCACCGCCAGGAUUCAGGCCUGGGUUACACAUACAACUGGUAGAAUUUAGUUUGCCCAAAAUGACUAUAGACAAUUUAACCUCUUUAUUCCAUAGAGCUGCAAUGACAGCUUUAACUGCUCCACAUGAUAUGGAUGACAGUCAACGAAUACAUACAUCCAUUGACUAUAUUCACUACUUAGUUCCUGAUCUACUUCAAAUCACAAAUUGUUCGUUUUAUUGGGGCAAAAUGGACAGAUAUGAGGCAGAAAAAUUGCUUGAAAAUAAACCUGAAGGCACCUUUUUACUUAGAGAUUCGGCUCAAGAAGAGUAUUUGUUUUCUGUAAGCUUCAGGAAAUACGGUCGAUCUUUACAUGCACGAAUUGAACAGUGGAAUCAUCUCUUUAGUUUUGAUUCAAGGGAUCCUGGUGUUUUUGCAUCAUCUACAGUUUGCGGACUAAUAGAACAUUAUAAAGAUCCUACUUGCUGUAUGUUUUUUGAACCAAUGCUGACCAUACCAUUACAUCGAAAUUUCACAUUUUCUUUGCAACAUACCUGCCGUGCAGCAAUUUGUAGUCAAAUUACAUAUGAUGAUGUCAAUCAAUUAAAACUUCCAAAACUAUUAAAGUCGUACUUAAAAGAGUAUCAUUAUAAGCAACGUGUAAGGGUACGCAUAUUUGAUUCAGAAAACUAAUCUCUUUUUUAAAAAACUCAUUUAAUUAUAAUUAUAUUUUAUUUCAAUAUUUCUAAUUAUAUGAAUAAUUUUAACAUUAUUAUUUUUAAUGCUAGAUAAAAUGUUAAUUGUUUUACAUUUAAAUAAAAAAAAUUGGUACUAACAUAAAUUACAUUACUUAUUUCUAUACCUCCCUGCCAAAAUGUACUUGUACAUUACUACCUGUUUAAAUUAAUUAUUUAGUUAAACAUUAUUAUUAAAUUAUAAGUUAUGUUUAAAAAUAUUGUUGACCACUUUUACAUAUUACAAAAUUAUUAUUAAAUCUGACGUAUCUUUAUCUGAAUACCUUAAUUGGUUAACUAAAACAUUUUAUAUUUCACUCAAUAUUAUAUAUGUUUAAAUAAUUAUAUAAUAUUAAUACCUAAAUUAUUUCUUAUUUUUUUUGUUAUUUUCAUAAAUAUUUUCAUACUUAAGUUUUGAUGGUAACAAAGAUUUACCUUAGGAUUUACCCAUAUUAUAAUAAUUAUUAUUUUUUAUUUAUAAAUAAUAAGUUUUAAAAUAAUAUAAUUUACAUAUUAAAUUAACUAAAUUAAUGAAAUAAAAAUGUGUAAAUAUAGUCGCUGAAAUAUAUUAGAAAUAUAAUAAAUAUGAAAAAAGUUUAUGAAUGUACAACAUUUUAACAUGACAUAGCAUUUUGUGUUAUGUAUUAAUUAUUUUAAGAAAAUCUCUGUAUGGUUUUAAGUUUUUAUUAUGUAUAUUUGACUUGAAAUAUCGGCAUUAUCAAUGUUUUAAAUAUUUUUAAUAUUAAUAGUGUUAAAAUGUUUAUUAAUUUUUUUUUUUAAUUUUUUACAUAAUAAUCGUUAAAUUUGAGUAUUGGAUUAAAUAUCUAUCUUGCACUUAUGAAAUAUUAAAAGUAUAUAUAUAGGUGUAAGCAAGUAUUUUCAUGUUUUCAUAAUUUUUUUUUGAAACUUAUUUCUAAAACAAUUAUCUAAGCAUUUAAUAGACUAAUAUUGUUAAUCAUAUUUACUAUUAUUAUAAUUUAUAAUAAUGUUAUAAUUAGUAUUAAUAUUUUAUACACAUACAAUUUAUCAAUUUUAACAAGUAAAUACCUAUUUAUUAUACAAAUAAAAUAUUUAAGGUAUUCACAUAGAUGUAGUAUGAAGUUUGUCACUAUAAAUAAUUAAUAAUUUUUGUGAUAUAAUAUGUACAUAAAUAUCAUACUUUAUUAAUAUUGUUAAAAAAUAUUUUUGAAUCUUGCCAGUUAAUAAUAUUUUGAUCUACCUAAUAAAAUAUAUCUUUAAUACAUUUUGAAAUAUUAUGUCAAUAUAUUAUAUUUUAUUGAUCUUAUUCAAAAUGUGUUACCUGUAUCUAUAUUCUAUAAAUUAAUUGUUCAAUGUUCAUACAAAUAUAAUAAUGUUUAAAAAUGUA